AUAUGGCGGGAGUCAGCUCUGUGUCGAACAAGGGCAGUAAAUGAGGCCUUGGGGUGUCAGGAGGGGUUCGCCAGAGAACAGUUUAGUCUCAAUCCUCCGUGGAUCAAGGAGUUACAGGAAGAAGUCGGAUACCAUGACCAACUCAACACGAUAAAAAUCUCCAAACAUCUCCAUGGCCGAGAAUUUACCGAUGAUGCAAGGGAGCAUGGAUCAGUCGUUCGGGGAGGUGAACCAGUUAGGAGGUGUAUUCGUCAAUGGCAGACCUUUACCCAACGCAAUCAGGCUGAGAAUCGUGGAGUUAGCUCAGCUGGGGGUCCGGCCAUGCGACAUCAGCCGACAGUUACGAGUGUCGCAUGGUUGCGUGAGCAAAAUACUGGCGCGAUACAACGAGACAGGCAGUAUACUGCCAGGUGCUAUAGGGGGCAGUAAACCUCGAGUGACCACACCAAACGUUGUUAAACACAUCAAAUUAUACAAGGAAAGAGACCCGGGGAUAUUCGCUUGGGAAAUACGGGACAAACUGUUAUCGGACUCUAUCUGCGACAAAUACAACGUUCCGUCAGUUAGUUCUAUUAGCAGAAUUCUGAGGAAUAAACUUGGAGGAAACCAACAGAAUAUACAGCCCGUGACGUUUGACGUAACCGGCAAGUGUACCCAGGCGGGACCGGUGACGGCGCCAUACAACCCCUUCAACUGUUACCCGUGCCCAAGCGGAGUGCCCACCGUGCCCACCCCUCCCCCACUGUCCACCUGUCAGCCGUGUUCAGUGGCUUACCCCAGCUACAAGUCCCCAGCCCUCAACAGCAUGGCCUCUGCAUACAUGCCCCGGGGCUGGCCCUCCUCUCAUUCCGUUUCGGACAUUCUUGCCUUGCACCCCUUCCCUCAGCCGAGUUCCCAGUCAUGCCCACCCGGGAUGCCCCAAGAGAACCUCAGCGCCCAAAUGGGUCAAACUUACAAUGGGUACAACAUUCGACCUUCUCUGCCUACACCCAUGUAUUUACAGAGUUGAAAUCUGCUUUAUACGUGUGUUAAAUUCGUUACAUCACAUCAUCAUUUCAUUGGGAUCAAUUGACAGACUGAAGAUGAUUGCCUGUUGUGGAAUUUGUAAUGUUGAAAGUUGAAGUGGGCCUAUUGUACUUCUUUGGAAGAAGGAGUAUAACCUGCAAAGGGAACACAGACGUUAACAUUUAUUAAAUGACAUCGAAAAUUCGCACCAAAAUUGAGACAACUUUUAGAAAAAUUGUCUGAUGACUUUCUGGAUAGCAGAACCUAUUCAUGCAUGCAUGGCGAAAGCUUAUGCUGCUAAUUCUGGUUGCGUUACAAGUUGUUGUGUAUGCGCAGAGAUAUCUCGCAUAAUUUUUCAUAUCAGGAAUCCCAGUGAUUUCUCUCACUAUUUUUCUAUAUUUCCAAACCUGAUCCAGUGAUGAUGAACGGGUGAGUGCAGUAGACUGCCCCAGUCUACAGAGCGGCAUGCAGACACAGAUAUAACGUUCAUAUCCAGCUUUUCCUAACAGUGAAGACAGCACGUUUUCCCUUCCCCAAUGUCGAUCUUCUUAUAUAAACGUGGCAUAAAAUUUACACAGCUAAAUACAAGCAGUGUUUUUAAAGGAAUGAUUUUGGUUACAUUUCCAAGGUGAUUUAUGUGACUUAAUGCUAGUUUUGCCUGUAUGCUGAAAAACGCCACCAGUGCCUGGACGCCCUAACUUAUUACGAUAUGCCAUAUGUCGCAUCCCUUAUGCAAACCAUCUUACUGGUCUGAACUUUUGUCGCUUCUUUUUCGCUAAACUGCUCACAGUACUUGUUUGUUACUUUUAUAUUUUGUUAAAUCACAAGCAAAUUUUUUUAUUUAUGUGAAAAAAAUGUUUAAACGAAAGAGUCUUUCUGACGACAUAAAUUAAUCUUACUGAGCUGACAAAAGUAUUUAUUAUGGCAUUCAUGUUCCAAGUUUUUCCAGUAAAAUGAAGAUAGAUGCAAAAUACAUUAAUAACAAUAUAGAAAAUGUUGUCAGUGGAAAAAGAAUGAUUUUCUUGCAUGCUUGAUAACAUGAGACUUCACAGAAAUUGGAGGGACUAUAUCAGAACCGUGCAAACCCGUAAUUAUAUGUAUGUGUUAUGCCGAUAAAAUUACGAAUUAAGGAUAUAACUCAUUGAAAUUU